UAAUUAUGGGUACUAUCCGGGCAAAAAAUGGCACCUGAGAAAAUUGUGAUUUGUAAUAAUAAGUCCUAGAAGAACAGGGUUUAGGGUUUUCUGCAGAAUUUUGAUCCAAACUGGCAUAACACAAAGGUGAGUUCAGUUAAUUACAACACUCAAAUGUCUCAAUUUCUCAUUAAAAUCAUUUCUCAACCCAAACUCUAUUCUUGUAUCAGCAAUCCAUGGCCAUGGCAUUCUUUGAGACUAUCCUCAACCCUUUCUUCUUCUUCUUCUUCAAGUUCCAGAGGCAAUUCUUUCAUUGUCUCAUACCUCGUCGGAACUUGUGGGUUCUCACCAGAACGCGCAGUUUACAUUUCCAAGCGCUUCAGCUUCGAAACAAGCGAUAAACCAGAUGCAGUGAUUUCGUUCAUCAAGAAUAUCGGUCUCUCCCAAACGACGACGUUGAGAGUCAUCCAAUCUCUGCCCCAAUUACUCGUAGCAAACCCUAAAACUCUUCAGCCAAAAAUCGAUUUUUUCAAGUCCAAAGGGUUUUCCUCCUCUGACAUAUGCAGGAUCAUAGAAGGCUGCCCUUCAAUCCUCACCCGAAGCUUGCAGAAUGAAAUCGCUCCCUCCUUCGAUUGCUUCGACGCCAUGUUUCAGUCUAGGCACAAGCUCAUAAAGGCUGCUACCGGUUAUUCUGCUAUGCUGUAUGAUUUUGCAAGGUUUACAGAACCUAAUAUAAAGCUUCUUAGAGAUGAAGGAGUUGCUGAAUCACAUAUUGUUAGGUUAAUUCAGUACUACCCCAACCAAUUGAAGAAUAGCCCUAAGAAGUUUAAGGAGGCAUUGCAAGAAGUUAAGGAGAUGAAGUUUGAUCCCUUGACGUUUCAAUUUAUUGUGGCUAUUCACGUGAAGACAAAAAUAGGAAAAUCCACAUGGGAAAGAAAGGAAGGAAUUUAUAGAAAGUGGGGUUGGACCGAUGCCGAUAUUAUCACAGCUUUCAGACGCUGUCCGUGGUGCUUCGCCAGCUCCGACAACAAGAUUGAAGCAGUCAUGGAUUUUUUGGUGAAUCGAUUGGGUUAUGCAUCUUCUUCUGUUGUUAAGUAUCCGUUGAUAUUGUCCAUGAGUUUGAAAAGGAGAAUCAUUCCAAGGGGUUCUAUUUUUCUGGUUUUGCAGUCUAAGGGUCUGGUGAGGAAGCUGGGCUUGGCUUCAGUGUUUAGGAUUAAUGAAAAGACCUUCUUGAGUGCGCUUUGAUUUUUUGGUGCAAUCAUUCAUUGAUUAUGUUUCUUAAGGAAGAUAUCCAUUGUUGUAUAAAAUAGGAAGUUGCAAGUUUAGUCUGUACCAUUGAUAUAAGACAUUCUCAUUUUUUUCAUCCGAUUGGUUGUUUAAGAAUUCCAUCUAAGUAAUAAUUAAUUCUUAUAUA